UCGCUCCUUUUACCUGUCUCUGUGUUCUCUUUUCUGCGGUACCACUUGCGUGCGUGCACGUGUGUUACGUGAGUGUAUGGGUUACUUUUUGAUUUUUGAAUAAAACAAGAUGCUGAUCUCGCAGGAGGUGAUUUCUAAAGCGGAGGAAAUUGCUGAUCAGGUAAUCCGCAAUGGAAAGCACAUAUUGCCAACUCUUGCAAGACUUUGUCUCAUAGCCACAUUUCUGGAAGAUGGAUUGAGAAUGUGGUUUCAAUGGUCCGAACAGAAAGAAUUUAUAGCGAACUCGUGGAACUGUGGAACUUUCUUAGCUACAACUUUCGUCUUGGUUAAUUUAGUUGGGCAACUUGGAGGAUGUAUCAUGGUCAUUGGAAGAUUGAAAGUCAGCAUUGCCUGUGGAAUCUUAUUCUUCAUAGUGGUCCUGCAAACAUUAGCCUACAAUAUUUUGUGGGAUAUAACGUUCCUAUUCAGAAAUUUAGCACUAAUAGGUGCUCUUCUUCUUGUUCUGGCUGAAUCAAGAGUCGAAGGAAGAUCAUUAUUUGCUGGAGUUCCAAGUCUUGGAGAUAAUAAACCUAAAAAUAUGCUACAAUUAGCUGGCAGAAUUUUGUUGGCAUUUAUGUUUAUCACACUGAUUCGUUUUGAGGUAUCCUUACUUCAAAUCAUGCAGGAUAUUAUUGGAAGUACUUUCAUGGUAUUAGUGACUAUUGGAUACAAGACUAAACUCAGUGCCUUGUUACUUGUCUUACUAUUAACUACACUCAAUUUUUACCACAAUGCAUGGUGGUCCAUUCCAGAAUAUAAAGCACUUAGGGACUUCCUUAAAUAUGAUUUCUUUCAGACACUGUCAGUAAUUGGUGGGCUCUUAAUGAUAGUGUCUUUAGGCCCUGGAGGUGUAUCAAUGGAUGAACAUAAAAAAGAGUGGUAGAUGCCAUGGUGUCACCUGAAUAUGCAUCAUUACAUUUUCAUGAUCACUAAGUAAAAACAGUCUCCCAUUCCUGUUCCUUUCUAUGCUCAAUUGAGUUUACUAUACAAUUACAAUUUUUUGAACAAAACGGUGUAGAAUACACUCAUUUUGAAUUGAUCAAUGUGGGUACAGGCAACAUUGAAGUAUCAUUUAAACCAUGUAUUUUAAGACAUUGUACAUUAAAAUACUGAAAUUGUAGAGAAAACCACAAGAAACUUCUGGAUAGUAAUAUUAAGAUUUAACCAAAAUGAAUAAAACAUCAAGACUAAUUUAUAUUAUGAGUAGCGGCAUUGUACAUAUGACACUGUGUUUAUCAAGAAAAACAAAAUAUAUUUUUUCUGUGUGUU